AAAAGUGUUAACCUCACAAAAUAACAGCUUUUUGAUAGGUGAAAGUGCUAAGAAUACUCACAAAAAAAGAUGUCUUUAUCCCUAACUGAACACUAGUACCGAAUCGAGACAUCCUUACCGACAUGGCCGGGUUGGCCGAUUCGCCGCAGUGGCAAUGGAAUUGGACGGCGCUGUGCGGUCCGGACCAAUUUCAAAUUUGGUCCACGCACACUCACGAUUUAGGACUGUGUUUCGAACAAUUGGCCUUAGAAAUCCCCGUUUUAAGUCUCCUCGGUGUCAUUUCUUCUUUUUACUUCGGGAAACAGGAUGGCUUUGUAUCCAGAGGGCGACUUCAACUUGCCGCGAUUAAAAUGCGAAGCAUUGUGGUUCUUUGUUUGGCGCUCUUGCCUAUUUUACAAGUUUACAUUGACAUAAAUACAACCAGGGGUCACAUAAAACAUAUUUCGUUUUUCUUGAGCGCCGUUCAAGGGAUUUGUUGGUUCACACAUUUUUUAUAUUUAAUUAGUUUGAAAAGUAGAUUGGGCUUAAGCUCUAGAGGGCCAAUGGUUCUUUGCAUUCUUUGGUCCUUUUUGUUUGUUCUGAGUGCCAUUUCUUUAAGAACGCACUAUUUAAUUAACAAGUACGCCCCCACUCCGGAAUUCGCAAUGACUUUGUCUUUUGGAUUCAGUUUUUGUUAUUUUAUUUUGCAAGUCUUCUAUGCGCUCACAUUAAUUCCGAGUCAAGGAACCACUACUUACUUGAGUUUCGCUGAGAGAUAUUCUGAGAUAAAUGAAACUCAGCCAUUGUUGUCAAGCGCGUACGUGCGCUUCCGGGAGGAGAACGACCCCUGUUAUUUAGGAGUUGCGAUGGAAGAUGCGAACUGGUUCUCAAAACUGUUGUUUUAUUGGGUGAAUCCUCUAAUGGAGAAAGGCGUGGAGAACAAAUUAACCAACACCGACGACCUGUACGAUCUACCGCUAAACCUCAAUUGUGGCGUUAUCAGCGCAAAGUUAGAGAGGAACCUCAGAAGGGAUGUUAACGCGUCACUAGAUCCUUUCUUAGAUGGAGCUACUUCUACGUCGUCGACGGCGCCGGGGCCCAUUGUUGGCAGCACGGGUGCUACUAAACACAAUAGAACCCUGCUGGCCGCCCUCCAUCGCUCCUUCUGGCUGCAAUUCUACUCGGUGGGCGUGCUCAAGCUGGUCGCCGAUUGUACGGCCUUCGCAGGACCGAUGCUUUUAAACAAAUUGGUUGGAUUCAUUGAGGACAAGCGCGAGGAUCUCGCCUGGGGCUAUAUCUAUGCCAUGGGGCUUUUCCUCUCCACUUGUGUAUCAUCGCUCUGCGACGCCCAUUUCAAUUUCUGGAUGUCCAUCGUCGGAUUGAAAAUGCGAGGCGCCCUUGUCACGACGGUUUACCGUAAAACACUAUCCGUCAGUUCGACGGUGCUCAGCAAGGACUUUUCCGUCGGCGAGAUCGUCAAUUUUAUGUCGACGGACACGGACCGAAUCGUCAAUUCCUGCCCCAGUUUCCAUGCGUUGUGGAGCAUACCCUUUCAGCUCGCCGUGACAUUGUAUCUGUUGUACAGCCAAGUGGGAUUCGCCUUCUUGGCCGGGUUGGUGUUCAGCGCCGUUCUCAUACCCAUAAACAAGCUAAUAGCGAACAAAAUAGGCCAAUUAAGCACGAAACUUAUGGAACAGAAAGACGCCAGAGUUAAAAUGAUCACUGAAGUUCUGAGAGGAAUUAGGGCCAUUAAGCUGUACGUUUGGGAGCAGCACUUCAUUAGACUUAUAACCAGACUGCGGGACAAGGAGCUGAAAUAUUUGCGAGGCCGUAAAUACUUGGACGCGAUGUGCGUCGUAUUCUGGGCCACCACCCCCGUAAUAAUUUCUGUUUUGACGAUGGGGUCGUACGCGCUGAUGGGACAUAAACUGACCGCGGCGACCACGUUCACGUGCAUCGCCCUCCUCAACAUGCUCAUUAGUCCUCUGAACGCGUUUCCAUGGGUGCUAAACGGCAUGACUGAGGCCUGGGUCUCCAUUAAGCGGAUACAAAAGUUGCUGGACCUGCCAGAAUUAAAUUUACAAGAACAAUACAGUGAUGAGCUGGCUCAGCACUCUUCAGUGAAUACGGAUUUGGUGAUUGCAACUGGAGGCUAUACGUGGAAUAAAGAGUUGAGUGCUGAAGAAAAACGAAAGCUACAUUCCGUCAAAAAAGACAAAAAAAUGUCUAAAGGCAAAGGAAAAAGUAAAAAAUCAUCUCUUUCUAUAGAUAAAAGAAGCAGUGUUGAGCCGCACAUUUUAGAAGAGGAAGGAAAUUACAUAUUUAAGCUCUUCAAUAUUGAUCUGGUGGUCAAAAAGGGAGACUUUGUUGGGAUAAUUGGAUGUGUAGGUUGUGGAAAAUCUUCUUUACUUUCAGCCAUAUUGGCCGAACUCACAAUGUUUGAAGGCGAAAUGGCAACAAGUCAUAUUGAUUCUGGCUUUGGUUACGUCAGUCAACAACCUUGGUUGCAACGUGGUACAAUAAGAGAUAAUAUCCUUUUCGGCAGCACUUACGAUGAGACAAAAUAUAAAUCGGUUUUGUAUGCAUGCGGUUUGGUCGAUGACAUUUAUCAGUUGCCUAAUUCUGACAUGACCGGAGUUGGAGAAGGUGGAAUGACUUUGUCAGGCGGUCAAAAAGCUAGAGUGGCACUUGCAAGGGCAGUAUAUCAAGACAAGUCAAUUUAUCUUUUAGAUGAUAUUCUUUCAGCGGUUGAUGUCAAAGUAGGCAAACACAUUUUUCAAAACUGCAUAAUGGGGUUAUUGAAAAACAAAACCCGUAUAUUAUGUACACAUCAUGUGCAGCAUUUAGUUUACGCCGACAAAAUUGUGAGAAUGGAAAAUGGAACAAUAAAAGAACAAGGAAAACCAGCUGACGUCUUAUCAAAUAUGGAUGAUACUUUGCCCAUAGACUUGGAACUCGGAGAUAGUCUACAGUCUGAAGAAACGAACGAUUCCUUAAUUAGCAGUAUUAGAACUUCAACAGCAAAGAAUUCAGAUAAAGAUACAGAUAGUCUGUUAGUACGGGAAACACAGGAAACUGGCAGCUUGGAACUUUCAGUAUAUACCAGCUAUUGGAAAGCUAUUGGUCACCUCUUAAGUUUUGGUAUUUUAAUUUCUGUGACCGUCAUGCAAAUGUCCAGAAACAUGAUCGAUUGGUGGCUCUCGAAUUGGGUAUCGGAUGAAAGCAAUAAUGUUCCAAAUAAUACAAAUUUGACGUUUUAUGCAAACGAGGCAAUUUUAAUGAGCACCAACAGUAUUUUUAGACAACCUGAUACUGACUACUAUUUGAAAAUUUACGUGGAAUUAGCUGUGAUAAAUCUUGUGUUCACUUUCUUAAGGGCGUUUCUUUUUGCUUAUGGUGGUAUUGUAGCUGCUACAAAAAUACACAAAUUGCUUCUGAAAUCGGUAAUUAGGGCAAGAUGCACUUUCUUUGACAUAUCUCCAUUGGGCAGAAUCCUCAACCGAUUUUCCAGCGAUACGUACACAAUCGACGACUCCCUUCCCUUCAUAUUAAAUAUUCUGUUGGCGCAAUUCUUUGGACUACUGGGUUGCGUGGUGAUUACGGUGUACGGUUUGCCGUGGAUUUGCCUGGUGCUUGUGCCCCUUAUACCGGUCUAUCAUUGGCUGCAGAACCAUUACCGACUGACUUCCAGGGAACUGAAAAGGAUAUCUAGCGUUACUUUAUCUCCAGUUUAUAGCCAUUUCAACGAGACGCUUCAAGGUUUGACGACAAUUAGAGCGAUGAGAGCUGGUCAGCGGUUUAAGAGAGAGAACGAGGAUAAAGUAGACGCAAAUAUGAAAGCCCAACUGGCGAGUCAGUGUGCGGCAAGGUGGAUCGGUUUGAGACUCCAGUUCAUCGGUGUGGUCAUAGUGGCGGGCGUCAGUUUUAUUGCGGUCAUCCAGCACCAGUACGACAUCGCCGACCCCGGUAUCGUGGGAUUGGCAAUAUCCUACGCCCUCUCCGUUACGGGGUCCUUGAGUGCAGUAGUAAAUGCCUUUACUGAAACAGAAAGGGAGAUGAUUGCGGUGGAGAGAGUAAACCAAUACAUUAAGGAAGUGCCUGCUGAAACAGUACAUUUCGUGACUGACCCACCUUUCGGAUGGCCUAGUCAAGGAGUUAUUUGUUUCAAAGAUGUUAUUGUAAAAUACAGAGAUCAUUUGGUGCCUUGUUUAAAAAAGGUAUCAUUUGAGACAAGACCAUGCGAGAAAGUUGGAAUUGUUGGGAGAACAGGUGCAGGAAAAAGUUCAAUCAUAUCAGCUUUAUUUAGAAUGAUAGAAAGAACUUCCGGAUAUAUUACAAUAGACUCAGUUGAUAUCUCUACUAUCUCUCUUCCUGCAUUAAGAUCUAGAUUAUUCUGCAUUCCGCAAGAUCCAUUUUUGUUCAGCGGCACUAUUAAGGAAAAUCUAGAUCCGUUGGAUGAGUUUAAAGAGUCGGACAUUUGGACGUCCCUAAACAAAGUAAAUUUAAUGGCUGUGAUUCAAAAACUGGGCGGACUGGAGAAGAAAGUUGAAAGUGGUGGCGAAAACUUUUCCGUUGGCCAAAAACAACUUAUAUGUUUGGCAAGGGCUGUACUUCAUAAUGCAAAAAUCCUUUGUAUUGAUGAAGCUACUGCAAAUGUUGAUAUAGAGACUGAUCGUCAGAUCCAACACACUUUGCGAUCCGCAUUUAGAAAAAGUACUGUGUUGACCAUAGCACAUCGUAUCGAAACUGUUUUGGAUUCCGACAGAGUUUUAGUUGUAAGCGAAGGAGAGGUUGUAGAAUUUGACUCCCCUUCAACUUUAUCAUCAGAUGAAUCAUCGUAUUUUUAUCAAUUGCUUCAUCAAGAAUAAUGUUAUUUCUAUUUUAUUAUAUUUGACAUAAAAUAUAUGCGUUUUAAAACUUA